AUGACUACAACAAUAGCAUUUGUGUUGGUGGCACCGGAUAUUCCAUUCGGUAUUUUAUACUUGAUUCCUACCUAUUCGGCCAUCGCAGCUUUGCAUUCAGUCUGCAUUCAUGCAUCGUCAUACAGAUUUUGCACAGAAGAGAAUUCAAAGAAAUACGCGGAUUGUAGCUUACAUCCACAUGUUCCCUGUAUAUGGCCUGCCCUGCCAUACCUCUUGGUACUUCUGUUUUCAACAGUUUUAUUCUUUUCCGUGAUUUUAUUAUGUGAACGUGGAUCAAACUGCGUAUCUGACUCCCGGUUUAGAGGUGGAAUGAUAAUUGAUGAUCAUUGCAACAUCAGAAAUAUGACUCGCAAUGAGUUGAGAAAUCACCCACUUGUCUUAAAAAAUGUGAAAACUGAUUAUGUAAAGGCGCACCAUCCAAUUAAGGGUGUAUCCUUUGGAAUGAAGCCGUAA